AGCCGUCCUGAUCACACAACACUUUCCCCUGUCCUAUACAUUCAGUUCACCCUCCUGUCUUGGUUGUCUGUUGGCUCCUUCUCUUGUCCGCCAACACCAUUCAACGUGAGACGGUCCGCGAACCCUCCACAUGCACCGCUACAACCCGAAUGCACCGCUGCCGUCCAUGUCGGCAAAUGCCGGGCACAUUCAGCCAGGAGCUCAUGACAGAGAAAGUUCCCUCUCAGGUUCUGACACUACCUACACCCACUACACUUCAGAGCGCGACGAUGUAGAAGAUGAUCCUCACCUCGCGUUAACGUCUCAGACAUUGAACGCGGAUGGAACGCCAAAGCGUCCUAUGAAUGCUUUUAUGAUCUUUGCAAGGAAACGUAGACCCCAAAUCUCUGCUGAGAAUCAGAUGAUGCGAACCGGGGAGAUAAGCAAAAUUCUAAGCAAAGAAUGGACGUCUAUGGACAUGAAGGACAAGAAAUUCUAUCUUGACCAGGCUAAAAAACUUAAAGACAACUUCAAUUCAAAAUACCCCGACUACGUCUACAGGCGACGCCCAAAUAAUACUCGGAGGAAACGCAAAUCGGACGCUGAUUCGACUUCCCCUGCUGAAGGCGGGGAAACAGACGACCCUUCUUACGAAGAUGCUUCGCCUGUUGAGGGUGAUUACCCGGUAGACCAUUCGGGAGGGUAUUACCAACGCUCUCACAACUCGAGUUCCUCUUCAGGCGGAUACGAUCACGAUCCUCUGACGUCGCAGCAAACAACAUCGUACUCUUAUCACCAAGAAUACCACCUUAAUCACCCGAAUCCUCGAGUGCCGGAGCUAUCCGGCGGUCUUGAUUCAACUAUACCCGUCUCCCCUUUAUCGUCUGUUCGGAUGCCGAGUUUGAACGAAGCCAGUGCUACUACUCAUGGCUACUCAUAUUCGUCUUACCAACAGCACUCGUCCUCGCCGGUCUCUCCCACACAGUCCCAAGCCGUUCAAGAUACAUGGGACUCGGGUCGGGUCGGUGGUCGGCCAAAUCAAGAACGGGCAUCCUGGUCUUCACUACCAGCCCUUGAUACGAGCAUCACGCGCCAGAGGUCCAACGAAAUGGGUGCGCUGUCCGCGCGGUCUGAUGCAUUCUCUCCCCAGGUGCCCAAUCGUCCCUGGUCCAGUUCUGCGUCAUCCACAGCCUCUAGUAGUUCUGGAGGAGCUGCAGGAUCGCAUCAUCUCAGUUCUCCCUUCCCAACUCUCGCAUCUUCUUUUCAUCCUGCGUUUUCGCCCUCUCAGAGGAGCGCCGAUAUGCUUCCUUCACCAACGUCUCUUUCUGGUGGUGGUCCUGAAUUUCUCUCACCUUCUAUGUCACAUUCUCGAGGGAUGUCUUCAACUGGACGUCAUGUAGGUCAGGAACAUAGCAUCUUUUCGCACUCCCAGACGUUGCCCCCUCCGACCCCAUCUACUUCCUGGGCUCACAGCGGACAGUGGGCAUCGCAGUAUCCUCGUCCUGAUUCCCAUUACGACCAACGCCAACCACCUCCUAUAUCCACAUAUCCACUUCCACAUUCUGCGAGCAGUGCUUCGCCUCCAUCAUCUGCUUCAGGACCACAGUCUUCCCAUUACAUGCCUCAAUGGGAUCGGAAGUACGAAGGUCGUUGAGUUUGGAAUCAGACCAUGAAACAGUUCAGCUUUUCCUCGGUCGCUUAUGUUUGGUCUAUUUCCUCAUUGCAAUGAAGUUUGACUAUUGCUCUCUUUUCGCUGUCUAGCCGUUUGUCGUACGUGUCAGUUAAUCUGCUCUCUGCCCAUUUCCUUUCGUACAUGUCUUUUCGCUAUUCGUUUUCUCCACAUCUCUGACUUGACACUCGUUACACGCUCAUACUCUAUGUACUGAUCACUUAGUUCGUCUAUACUAAAAGUGGCAGCAAUUGCAUUCUGCCUCAAGAAGGUC